CAACAUCAAUGUUUCUAACUUUGGCUUAUUUUUAUUUCAGGAUCAUUUGAAGAAAAACAGCCAGACACACCUGAUUUCAAUCUUAAGACAUCUGGAACAUCAUCGACUGAGAUCAGUGUUGUUUUGGUGCACAGGAAAGUUUUCCUCUUCUCUAUCUUGUUGUGUUAAACCACUCAAUCCUGCAGUCACGAGUAAUGUUGCUUCUUCUUUAACUCACUUUAUGUGGGUUAAAUAUUUUAAGAAUAGUUGAUUGAUGUAGCACUUUGUAAACAUUAACUAGAUUUUAUCAGAACCUGUAAUUCCAGUUAAAAGCUCAGCAAAUAUAAAUUAAUCUUUCUUAAUGAUGAGCACAUCACAAUUUCACAACAUCCCACAUAAUUUUUACUUUCUCAUUGUGUCAUUACCGCAAUGGCUCUGCUUUUAUCAGUUUUUACACAGUGCCACGCAUGUGGGGCUGUCAAGUGGUGUUAUAUUAACGAUCCAUUCAAAACAACUCUAUUACCAGUUUGCAUUGUGUGCAGGUCGGUGUAGUAGCAAUGUGAUUUUCUAGUAUGUGUACUGAAUAAUGCUACUUUAAGGGCUGAAUGAAUUGGUGAGCUGCCUCUAUGUGAUGAAGACACUGAACUAAUAUUAAUUAAUAAAUAAUGUUUCGAUGGUUUUCAUCUUAUCUGCUUUGUCACAGAUGCUUUGUUCUUUAAUUCCUUUAACGCCCGAGCCUUUGCCUCAUGUUUGAUGACUAAAGAAUUCGCCCUAAAACGGGUGGAUUAGAUUGAAAUCUCUGAUUAUUCACUUUGAUUAUUCUUGGACACUAACAAACGCAAAAAAAGUUUCAUUACAUUUGCAAAAAUCAUAUUAUUUUUCACUUGAAUUAUGGUUUCUGUGUGUGGUAGAGUGGUGAAAUGUGUGACUCUCUAUCUCAUUGUGUCAGAGGAACAUUUAGGGAUUCUGAUUUACCUACCUGAGUGACUAAACCAGGUAGUGGAGCACUGCAGUGUAAUAGGACAGGACUGUAGAUGCUAGAGUGGAGCAAAUAUGACUUUUACAUUUAGGUAAAGGUAAUUUACCUAAGGGAUUGACUCCAAAAUAAAAUUUUUUAUUUUGAUGGAGCAUAUCGGAAGUAAAUCUGUCUGCUUGUUAUCAUUUCAUUUUGAAAUGUUUCCCGGAAGUGGCAGCGCUUAUUUUAGUGGACUUGAUUAUGCGCUCGGUUAGCAAAUGGAUCCAGAAAGUCCUCCAAAGUCCGGUUCUGUGGACAGAGCUGAGCUGGACCGACACUGUCAACCACCGGACGUUGACUUAAAGACGGAACUGGAGCCGAGAAACGAAGGUUUACCUCUGGGUGUCCAAAAAGUGGUCAUUGGUGAAAAAGAGGAGCAGGAGUGGAGCUCCAGUAUGGACCGGGAGGACCCAGACAUUAAAGACGAACAGGAGGAGGUUGUCAUCGCCCAGCUCACUUCCAGCCCUGCCCCUGUGAAGAGUGAGGAGGGUGAAGAGAAACCUGAAUCCUUACAGCUUUAUCACAGACGGACUGAGGAGGUCAGUGACUCUGUGGGAGGACCAGAGCCUGAUCCAGAUCUACAGCCUGACGGGAAAACUUCAGGCUCUUCAGACACAGACGUCAGUGAUUCUGAUGAGUGUGAGCAGAGCCGUGAACCUGCAGCGCCUCGGGCAUCAGGUGAUGCUGAUGAGAAACCAUUCAGCUGCUCUGUCUGUGGGAGAAAAUUUGGUCACAGCAGAAAUCUGAGCAGACACCUGAGAACCCACACAGGAGAGAAACCUGUCAGCUGCUCUCAGUGUGGAAAAAGAUUUGUGGACAGUGGAAACCUGCAGAGACACAUGGGGAUUCACACGGAAAAGAAACCGUUCAGCUGCUCUGAGUGUGGACGAAGCUUUAAAGACAAGACAACGCUAAUAAACCACCGGAGGACUCACACGGGGGAGAAACCAUUCAGCUGCAAGUUCUGCAGUAAAACGUUCACACACAGCGGGAAUCUGAAACAACACCUGUGCAUCCACACGGGAGAAAAACCCUACAGCUGCUCCAGGUGCAGCAAAACAUUCGGCCGCAACGCUGACCUCAAUUCUCACAUGUUGAUCCACACGGGACAAAAAGCUUUUAGCUGCUCCAAGUGUGGGAGAAGAUUUACUCACAGCCGGAGUCUCAAACAGCAUCUGAAGAGUCACGCUGAAGAGAAAGCUUUCAGCUCCUCGCUGUGUGGGGAAAGAUUUUAUAACGUCACACAUGUGAAAAAGCACAUGACGACUCACGUGAGAAAGUCAUUUAUCACAGGAAAGAACAUCAGCUGCUCCGCAGACUGAUGAAGCUCCGAAUCAACCAGGAGCUAAACGGGGUGUAGGUUUGGUCUCAUUUUAACACAGACACAAAACCGUCCACCAGCUACACCACUACCUCGUAUGACUGACUCGUUGCAUCCAUGUACCUGAGACACUUUAUCUAGGGUCCGGCUCCCUCACUUUUCUCCUAAAGAUGAAACUAAAUUGUGUUAUUUUUUCACAUCCUGAGAUAUAAUUUUUCCUCACAGUGAUGGUGAGGACAAAACUCCAUCUGAAACAGAAGUUCUCUGCGCACCACCAACAUGUUCAUGUUUUAAAUCGAUUUUCCCCACAUGGUGAGAAACCAGCUGAGGAAAAACUUUAUUAUUGGCGUCUCUGUACAAGUGAAGCUCGAGACUCUAGUGAUCAUAGUUAGCAGAAUGCUAAGCUAUUAGCCACAUACAGCAAAGAUACGUUUGUUGAUAG